AUGGACAUCCCCUCCUUAUUCGUAGAUAUCUUCAACCCCUUGCCGGCUUACCCGAGCAAACAGAGAGCGGUUCACGUGCCUCAUGCCCCAAAGAGGCCAUGUCCGCUAAAUCGGAACGAAAAGAUCCUGGCAGUGCGGAACAUUUUACGAUAUGUUCCAAGGCAACAUCACGACGUUUUGGCGAAGGAAUUUGCCGAAGAACUGGAGAAAUACGGGCACAUUUAUGCAUACCGAUUCAUGCCGAAUUUCCAUUUGAAGGCACCACCAUUGAAAGAAAUUCCGGCAAAAUGUGAGCAAGCGGCAGCAAUCAUUUCGAUGAUUCUGAACAAUCUCGAUCCUGAAGUGGCCCAAUUUCCUCAGGAAAUGGUUACCUAUGGAGGAAAUGGUCAAGUGUUUAGCAAUUGGAUACAGUUCCGGCUGGUGCUCCUCUACUUGGUCAAGAUGUCCACGGAACAGACUCUCGUCAUGUACUCUGGUCAUCCUCUCGGUCUGUUCCCAAGCCACACGGAUGCUCCUAGAAUGAUACCAAACUAUUCCACCAAGCCACUGUACGACAAGUAUUUUGCAUUGGGUGUUACCCAAUAUGGGCAGAUGACAGCAGGGAGCUACGCUUACAUCGGUCCUCAGGGAAUUGUCCAUGGCACAACGAUCACAAUCUUGAACGCUGGGCGCCGUUAUCUAGGAGCAGAUGACCUGAAAGGGAAGGUGUUUGUAACCGCCGGACUAGGAGGAAUGAGCGGAGCACAGCCGAAAGCAGCUACCAUUGCCGGCUGCAUUUCAGUCACUGCUGAGGUCAUUUCGGACGCACUUUUGAAGCGACACAAACAAGGCUGGUUGGAUGAAUAUUCGAGCGAUUUGGACGAAAUCGUGAAAUUAAUCAAGAAAUAUCGUGACGAAAAGAAGACGAGAAGUAUCGGUUAUUUGGGAAAUGUGGUGGAUUUAUGGGAGCGCCUGGCAGCUGAAAAGGAGCUCUUGGUUGAUCUGGGCUCAGAUCAAACAUCGCUACACAAUCCUUUCCUUGGUGGAUAUUAUCCCGUAGGAAUCAGUGUAGAAAAGGCCAAUACGAUGAUGACUGAGGAUCCAGAACGCUUCAAGGAACUCGUCCAGAAAAGUCUUCUGAGGCAAAUAGCUGCCAUAGACAAGCUGGCUGCCCGAGGAAUGCAUUUCUGGGACUAUGGAAAUGCAUUUUUAGUGGAGUGCCAGAGAGCCGGGGCGGAUCUGCGCGAUCCAAAGUCGAAAGACGAUAAAACGUUCAGAUAUCCUUCAUAUAUGCAGGACAUCAUGGGGGACAUUUUCUCGAUGGGUUUUGGCCCGUUCCGUUGGGUGUGCACAUCUCAAGAACCUAAUGAUCUUGCGCAAACAGAUCGGAUAUCGUGCGAGGUGAUCGAGAAACUCCUGAAAAGCAAAGUGCCAGUACAUGUACUGCAACAGUACAUGGACAAUAAGAAGUGGAUCGAAGGUGCUGCCGAGAACCGUCUUGUAGUGGGAAGCCAGGCUCGGAUCCUAUAUUCCGAUCAAGAAGGACGUAUAGCACUCGCUGUGGCGUUCAACGAUGCUGUCAGAAAGGGGAAAGUCAAAGCUCCGAUCGUCAUAGCAAGGGACCACCAUGACGUUUCGGGAACUGAUUCCCCGUUCCGCGAGACGUCUAACAUCAGCGACGGUAGUGCAUUUACAGCCGACAUGGCUGUCCAGAACGUUAUAGGUGAUUCAUUCCGAGGCGCCACAUGGGUGUCAUUGCAUAACGGAGGCGGAGUCGGAUGGGGUGACGUGAUCAACGGUGGCUUCGGAUUGCUUCUCGACGGAUCCGAGGAGGCCGAGAAGCGAGCAACGUCAAUGCUUCAGUGGGACGUUUCUAAUGGCGUGGCUCGACGUAGCUGGUCAGGAAAUCGAAAGGCGCAAGAAGCUAUUCAGAGAACGCAAACAUUGGUGAGACUAGUGCAAGCUAUUCCCAUUAUUCUAUAG